UCAUUUUAUCUCUCCGCUCUUGAAGAGGGACAUGCAUUCACAGGAUCCCUCUAAACUAUGAGGGGAGAUUGAAUUACAACAUGAAUCUACAUGCUGUGAUUCAAAUUGGCACAUACGGCAGAUCGUAACCUGACUUUUCUGAAUUGUGCAGAGGAUUAUUUCAGAUUCGUUAUGGUGGAAAGGGAUGGUUGUAAUUCUUGUUUGACAGCACUCAGGGUUCUGCGAGUUUCCCUCGUGGAUGAACUGGAAGGACGGAUCGACUCUCUGCUGGAGAGCUUAGUAAGUCGGGAAGUGUUCACUCGUGAUGACCGUGAGGAGGUGUUGUGUCAGCUGGGGCCCCGGGCGAGAGUGAGAAAGGUGUUGGAUAUCCUGGUGUGUAAAGGCGAGGAAGCAGCUAGGAUUUUUCUCUCAAUUAGCAGUCAUCAUCAGCAAGAGGCACAGACGCCCUCCAAAGAAGUCAACACAGAUCAGCCUCAAUCCAUAGAGUAUAACAAAGUCAAACGAAAGCAUAAAGAUGUCCUCAUGCGCCGGAGCGAGAGCAUGCUCUUCUACAACACUCGACACGGAGAGAAAAUCCUUUUUUCCGAACACUACGUCAAUCUCUUGUUGGCCGACGGACACCAGGGAUUGGAUAUAAAAAGACACGAGGUGCUGACGUUUGGACAAAAGCGACUAUCUUUGCAGCAGAAGUCGGCGGUGCACAGGAAGAUCGCCCCGGCUGAACUCUUUUCGAGAGCAAAUGGGAACCGUCCAGUCAAGAAAGUUCUGGUGUCAGGGGUGGCCGGCAUCGGGAAAACCAUCCUGGUGCAGAAGAUGCUGUUCGAUUUUGGGGGAAACAAGGGCCAUCUUGGAUUUGACUUCAUCAUCCACAUGACCUUCAGGGACCUGAAUCUGAUCGACAAACCUACAAACUUCCGGGACCUGGUCUUGCGUAAGAACAGGCACCUAGCUAAGGAACUGGAUAACAUUUUAGCCAACGACGACAAACUGCUGAUCAUCUUAGACGGCUUCGACGAGUUUAGACACUACAGGAGCUGCGACGUAGACGCGUUUGUGACCGAGCCGGAUGAAGACGCAGAGGUGGUGGAGGUCUUCGGGAGUCUGAUGCAAGGUGAACUGCUGCCCAAUGCUUCUGUCAUGCUCACAAGUCGACCCACGGCCAUCAACCACAUCCCGGUGGGCUGCAUCGACCGCUUUGUGCUCGUCGCUGGCUUCUCCUUGGCUGAAGUUCAAGACUUCUUCUUACGUUAUUUCCAGGACAGCGCCAUCACUGAUCGCAUGUUCGCAGUUGUAUCAGCGAAUGAACUAAUGCUGACGCUGUGCUACAUACCUGCAUUCUGCUACAUCGUGUGCUGCAUCCUCAAAGAAAGCAAAGACCUCUGCGGAGAGAGCCCCAAGACCAUGACGGACAUUUACGUGCAGUAUCUGGUGGCCUUGCUUCGCUCUCACACUCAAGCGAGAGCUGAGACAUUUCGUCAAGAGCAAAGAGCAGGGGCCGUCCAGCAGCUGUCUGACGUCGUGCUGAAGCUGGGUCGACUCGCCUUCCAGAAGCUGAUGGAGCAUCAAACACUGUUCUACAGCAGCGACCGAGACGUUGCAGCGUUGGAGGGAUGCAGCCUUGUUAGCACCUUCCUUGACAAAACAGUGGCACAAGAGCCCGGCUGCACUGAGGAGGUUUACUCCUUUGCUCACCUUACUGUUCAAGAGUUCUUCGCCGCCGUUUACUGUGCAGUGACGGAUCACCCUUUACCUGAUGCACUACAGAACACCGCAAGUCUCGGGGAGGAGUCCAACAGUGGACAUUUGGACCUCUUCAACCGCUUCCUGUCUGGAAUCCUCUCGGAACGCAACGCUAAUCUUCUAUCAAGGCAGGUGGGGCUGAGUUGCCACAAAGACAAAGUGGACACCUAUCGUCAGAGAAUCAUCAGAGAGCUUACGAUGCUCUGUGAGAAUGGGGCCCACAUCCUGAACCAUUUACACUGCCUGUUUGAGCAACAGGACCCCUCUUUGGCCCUCGCCGUGCAACCAAAGACACUGCAAGUUAAUGUUUGCGAUGAGACACUCUCCCAAAUGGAUUACAACGCCAUCAAGUACUUCCUAAACCUUACAAAGGGCCAAAUAUUAGAGUUGGAUCUGACAGGGACGGGAGUAAACGCUAAGGCACUUAGAGAUAUUCAGCCCCUGCUGCUCAGAUGUAACAGACUUUGGCUUGGAGAAAACAACCUCGACAUGAACACUGCUCAGGUCAUUGCUGAAGUGUUGCAAGUGUCAGAAUGUAUAACCCACCUCGGAAUUGGAUGGUCAGACAUUGGUGAUGAGGAACUACUGGCUCUUUCCAGUGCCAUACGGGUGAACAAAAAGCUUGAAGAGUUGUGGAUGGAGGGUAACCGAGUGAGCUACAAAGGUCUGCUGUCUCUCAGUGACUUGACCCCAAAUCCUCUGAAAAAAGUUGUAGCAAUAUGGAACGACCUGACCGACACAGAUCCAGAGUCCUUUUGCACCCAAGAAAGCAUAACCGUGAGCUUCUCAGAUGACGAUAUGUGGGGAGCGUGGGGGGAAUGGGUCUUCAAAAGAUGUGAGGUCAGCAGCAACGAGAAGUUAUUGAUGGUGCUCCACAAAGUGUGCAACAUAUCGGUCCACUGCUUAGAAACCCAGUGGGCGAAGACUUUCUACAAGCAACUAUCACAGCUCGUCAAGAACAGGAUUGAGUGCUGCACCGAGGACGACAUGUGCAAGAAGCUCAAAAAGUUUGAGAGCAUUUUGGACCUCUGACAGACAAGAGGGCUACUCUAGGAGUUAUAAGCCAGAUAUCACAGGUCAAAUGUCUGUUUGAUGCUGAAUGUUUUCUGUGAAACUAAUUGAUAGUGGAGGA